AUGCCGCGCGGCUUCCUCGUCAAGCGCAGCCGGAGACCCGGCGGCUCCUACCGGGCGCGCCCGCGGGAGCGGGACCCGGACCGGGACCCUCCGCCCACCCCGCUGCCGCGCCCGCCGCCCGCCGGUGGGGACGGCCCCGCCGCUAGACAGGGAGCGGAGGAGGAGAAGGGCGAGGAGAAGGAGGGAGCCGUCGCCGCUUGCCCCGCGACGUGGCCCCCCGGCGGCGGCUGCGGCGGCCCCGGGCUCACCCCGCCGGAGGCUCCGGCCGCCUGGGGGGCGACGGGGCCGUGCAGCGCGGCGGGGCCGCGGGCGGCUCUCUUCGAGCGGUGCCUCAGCUCCCCCGCCUCCGCCGAGUCCUUCCCCCUGGCCGCCUCCUUCCCGCCCGCCGAGAAGCUGCUGCUGCAGCCGCGCACGCCGCUGCCCGCCCCGCCGCUGCCGUCGGUGCCCGCGCUGAAGCGGCCGUCUCGGGCCAAGGCGCCGGCCAAGAAGGGCAAGGCCACGCGGAAGCUGAGCUUCGCCGACGAGGUGACCACCUCGCCCGUGCUGGGGCUGCGCAUCAAAGAGGAGGGGCCCGAGGGCCGGCCGGGGCCGCCGGCGGGGCGCACGCCGCUGGGCGAGUUCAUCUGCCAGCUGUGCAAGGAGCAGUACGCGGACCCGCUGGCACUGGCCCAGCACCGCUGCUCCCGCAUCGUGCGCGUCGAGUACCGCUGCCCCGAGUGCCACAAGAUCUUCAGCUGUCCCGCUAACCUGGCCUCGCACCGCCGCUGGCACAAGCCGCGUCCCGGCCCCAGCGCCGAAGGCGCCGCCUCCGCCCCGCCGGGCAAGGAGAACAGCCCCGAGCGGCGGCCCCGCGGCCCCGCCGCGCCCCAGCCACCGCCGCCGACCCGUCAGCACCGCGGCGGCGCGGACAGCGCCGGCGGCGCCCCGACCGCCCCCGGCUGCAGCCCCGGCCCGGCUCACGGCGGCGCUCCCGGUCCGGGCGGCGGCCCCGGCGGGGAGGCGUUCGCCUGUCCCUGCUGCCAAAAGCGGUUCCGGCGGCAGGCUUACCUCCGCAAGCACCUGGGCACCCACGGGGCAGCGCGGCCUGCCGCCUUCGGCCCUCCGGAGCGCGGGCCCCUCACCUUCGCCUGCCACCUCUGCGGCGCCCGCUUCCCCUCGGCGGACAUCAGGGACAAGCACCGGCUGUGGCACGCCGUGCGGGAGGAGCUGCUGCUGCCGCCGCCGCCGCCCGCCGGGGUCCCCGAGAGCGGCGCGGCGGGCGGCGAGCGGCAGGGCUUCCCCUGCAAACACUGCCCCGCCACCUUCUUCAGCGCGCCCGGGCUGGCGCGGCACGCCAGCAAGUGCCACCCGCCGGAGAGCAGGCAGGUCCUGCUGCUCCAGGUGCCCGUCCGGCCGGGCUGCUAG